UCCAAUCUAAUGUUUUUGGCAGUAGGGCAUGGUGGGAGACUCGGAGAGGGAUGGGGAAGAUUUGAAUAUCACUUUAGCGCCCAGUCUCCCAUACCAAAUGGACCAACAAGUAAGCAAAAGCAAAUCUCCCAUACCAAAUGGUCCCUUCCCAAUUGACAUCACCGCAUGGGGAAUGCACUGCACAUCCUAGAACCCUCGAAUUUAAGAAAAUACCCAAGAAUCUCUAUUGCAGGCUUAUUUAUACAUAAUUAAAGAAACACAAAAAGGCAUUAUAAGAAUAAGAAGGGAGGAUCGAAGUCGAAGAAGAAGAAGAAGAAGAAGAAGAGGAAAAAAUGAAAAUACAAUGUGACGUGUGCGAGAAAGUGGAGGCAGAGGUGCUAUGUUGUGCAGAUGAGGCGGUGCUAUGCAGGGGAUGCGACCAUAAAGUCCAUGCAGCUAACAAGCUCUCACAAAAGCACGAGCGAGUUCUUCUUCUAAAAGACACAUCAUCAUCAUCAUCGUCCUCAUCGUCCACGUCAUCCUCCUCUUCCCAUGCGCAGCUACCUCCAUGUGAUAUCUGCAAGGAGAGAAACGGCUACUUCUUCUGCAUAGAAGAUAGAGCACUCUUCUGCAAGCACUGCGACGUUUCAACCCACAUGGGGAGCCCCUUCGCUUCAUCCCACCGACGAUUUCUUAUCACAGGCGUCAAAGUCGCCCUUCAGGCUUCCAUUAACACCAAUGACAUAAUUAGCUCGCCCAUUUCGACUACUACUUCUUUCAAUUUUCCUGCAGACAACGAGAGCAGGGCGGCAAUGGCGCCAAUGAACGUUGAAGCAGCGUCGACGACAGAAACUAGAGCUACCUUCUCAGGCGCUGAAGUUGAUCCAUUUGCAAUCGGACCUAGUAAUUGGUUACUGAAUGAGAUGUUUGACCCGAAUGAUUUUAACUACUAUGAAUUUUCAGAAGUUGGAUCAUCAAGAAUAAGCACUACUCCAUGA